AUGUCACCACGCGAUGCCGUUUCCCCUCCCGGGACACUCUCCCUCGACGUCGGCCAGUCGCUCUUCACAUUCAAGUACUCGACGCCGAACCCGGACCCCACGAAUUGGAUCGCAGUGUAUCAUUCAUACUAUGGCGGUCCUGUCGAACAGGAAUUCGUUGCUGGUUCGCUGGACUGGUCGUAUGCGCCUGAUGCGACGGGCGAGGUGGUGGUCGAUGUCUCAAAUCUCUCUCCAGGCUUCUACAGGGCUUAUUUCCUGGCAAAGAGCGGCUACCAAUGGCUUUCGAAGCCACUCGACGUCAUUAUCCCUGGCUCCGGCCCCAUUGAAUUCGUCACCGAUCGGAUCAUCACCCAGAAUGCCCGACAAGGGAGCGCCUUCAAAGCAAAGCUCGGCCGCCUGAUUGCUAAUCCCAAGGACAACGACACAAAGUUCACCAAGAUCACCAGUUAUGGCACCGACUGGGUGAAUGUCUCCAAGGACGGAACCAUCUCUGGCACCCCCGGAAAGAAGGACAAAGACACAAACUUUGUUGUUAAGGCGACUGCCAGCGAUGGAUCUUCUGCGACGAUCAAAGUCCAAAUCCCAGUGCGGAAAGCCGGCGAGCCGCUCGUUGAGGAAAUAAAGGUCAUGUCGUACAACAUGUGGUUUGGCGGCACAAAUGUGAAGGACUAUCACAACAAGCAGAUCCGCUUUCUCAUCAACACAAACGUCGACAUUGUCGGUGUGCAAGAGAGCUGGAAUGGCCAGGCAACUCGUCUUGCUCAAGCGCUCGGGUGGUAUUACUGGCAGAGCCCCAACGAAGUCGGCAUCAUCAGUCGUUACCCCAUUGUGGAGACGUUCCCAGAACAAUCUGCCGGCGGAUCCAUUCGCAUCGAGCUGGACGGUCGUGAGAGUGAGCUUAUAAUGUGGAAUGUUCAUCUGGGGUUUGAUCCUUAUGGUCCGUACGACUUUUGCUACGAACACAUGCCUCUGGCCCAAGUCCUCAACCGGGAGUACGAAUCUCGACGCACUCCGCAAAUCAUGGAAAUUGUCAGUGCCAUGCAAGAUGCUCUAUCGGAGGCUGACGAUAUCCCCGUCAUCUUGACUGGCGACUUCAAUGCGCCAUCUCACUUGGACUGGACGGAAGCAACCAAGAAGGCGCACUGUGGCUAUGGCUUUGUUCCCUGGCCAAGCUCUGAGUUCCCCAUCCAGUCGGGCCUGAUUGACUCGUUCCGUGAGGCUCACCCCGACCCCAACGCUGAGCCCGGCAUCACUUGGUCACCCAUUUACCUCGAUAACAAUGGUCGACCCGAGCCGUUAGAUCGCAUUGAUUUCGUUUACCACAAGGGCCAGGGCCUCAAGGUACUUCAGUCAGAAACGCUCGUCGCCGGCGAGCCCGCCGCAGAGCCAAAUCAUCAGAACAACGAAUGGACGUCAGAUCACGCGGUUGUCAUGACGACUUAUAAACUUGAACGAUCUGAUGGACGGGCAGAGUUGUAG